AAAAUGAAAUCUGUGACAUUAUUGUUUUUUUUGUUUUUAAUGGAAGCAUCUACUUAUAGUGUUGCUAACAGCGAAGCUAAAAUCAAAUUAAACAGAAAAGUAUCGGAAUCUUCCUACGGAUCUGAUGAACAGUACAUUCGUCAAAUACACUCACUGGUCAAUGCGUACAGAGAAGAUAACAGCAUGUUGGGCGAAAAUUUCAUUAUUGAAACAAAAGCUUUGAUAGACACGAAAUAUAGAACAUGGAAAAGAAAUGCUGAUCUCAUCAACUCGCUACUGGCCUUGCCUAAAGACAUGAAUGACGCCGGCCGUUAGACCAUCCAUCAAGGCUCGAAGGCUCGAAAUCGGGAAACAUUC